CCACCGUGCGCGACCGCCCGCAUCCCGUCCCGCGCGUGUCCCUGUCCCACGCACGUCUGUGCCUCUCAGGUGCCACCCAGCCACUGCUUCCUCUUCGACCCGGCCUUCUCAGAGCUGGAACUGGCAGCGCUGGAGGCGCUGGGGCUGCGUCUGCUCCUAGAGAACGAGGAAGGCAAGCAUAGCACAAAUGGAUCUCCGACGCUGUUCUACAUGGUGCACUGCGGCAAGGCACUGUACAACAACCUGCUCUGGAGGAACUGGUCUGUCGGUGCUCUGUCCAACAUGGUCAUCAUUGGCAACAGCUUUAAGGGAAUCGAGGAGAGGUUGCUGUCAAGAAUAUUGGAGAGAGAUUACUCUUAUAUUGCAAAGAUUUUAAAAGGGGUGGAGGAGGUUGCCCUCCCUGCUCACCCUCGGUACUCGGAUACCUUCAAUGACACCUCCAUCCACUGGUUCCCUGCGCACAAACUGGAGAGACUCCCUGCUGAAGUUUGGGAGUUUGUGGAGGAGCCGACUUAUGAGGAAUGUGACGACUUGGAGAUCAUCAGGAAGGGGGAGGAAGGGAGGCAACACGGCCCUGCCCCAGUGCAGCCCUAACUGCUGUCUCUUCCCUCAGUCAUCCUGCACAGCUGAGGUGAUGCUCAAGCACUGAUAGUGCCAUCGCCAUCUGCCCUGCACCUGAACACUGAGCUUGUAUCAUAUUUUUGUAUCAUAGUGUUUUUUUAAUAAAAGUGAAAGCUCUGCUUUGA